AUGAGGGGGUUGAGAAUGCCGGAGAUCUUGACGAGGUUGACGCCCGAGCAGCGUCUUGAGCUGGAAACGCGGCUGAGGAGGAAAAUCGACUGGCGAUUGCUCCCGAUGAUAAUUCUCAUGUACAUUCUGAAUUAUAUCGACCGGAAUAAUAUCGCGGCCGCAAAGCUCGCAGGUCUGCCGGAAGAUUUGAAUCUGAAUCCAAACGCUAGCGAAUUCCAGGUGCGCAGGCUGGUUUUUAGCUAUUUGCUCAUGCAGAUACCAUCGAAUAUAUUCCUGAACAAGAUCGGCAAGCCGGCUAUCUACCUCCCAGCAUGUAUGAUGGUAUGGGGUGUUAUUUCGGCCGCUACAGCCGCAGUGACCAACUUCGGCGGGCUUAUUGCCGUUCGUUUCUUUCUAGGUUUCGUUGAGGCGGCUUAUUUUCCCGGUUGCCUCUAUUAUUUGAGCUAUACGCGUAAAGAGCUAGGACUGCGCACGGCGUUUCUCUAUUCGGGGGCGCUGAUUUCAGGCGCGUUUUCUGGGUUAAUAUCAGCGGGAAUAACGCAGAACAUGAACGGCACAAGAGGCUUAGGCGCGUGGCAGUGGCUUUUCAUCAUCGAAGGCGUUAUCACCGUCGGUAUUGCAUUCGCUGCCUUUUGGAUCCUGCCUAACUUCCCUCGGACGACUACGUGGCUAAGCGAAGAGGAGAAGGCCCUCGCUGUUUGGCGUUUAGAAGAGGAUAUUGGCGAGGAUGACUGGAUCGACAGCGAGCAUCAAUCCCUAUGGACUGGUGCUAGGCUAGCCUUUGCGGAUUUGAAAACUUGGGUCUUGUUGGUUCUCCUUUUCGGUAUUGUUGCGAGCGGCUCUGUUACGAACUUCUUCCCGGCCGUGGUCAAGACUCUGGGUUACAGCAACGUGAUUACGCUUCUCCUGACAUGCCCCCCGUAUGUGCUUACCGUUAUAACAACCUUUAUCAACGCGUGGCAUGCGGAUAGGACCGGUGAGCGCUACUGGCAUAUCAUGCUGCCACUCGCUGUCGCCAUGGCGGCGUUCAUUCUUGCGGCGGCAACCACCAGUCUGGCACCCCGAUAUGUGGCCAUGAUGCUUAUGGUCCCGGGAGUCUACUGUGCCUUCGUCGUAGCUCUUGCUUGGAUUAGCAACACGCUUCCUCGACCGCCAGCUAAACGUGCAGCCGCGCUCGCUUUCAUCAACGCCGUUUCCAACUCAUCGAGUAUCUACGCUUCGUACAUGUACGAGGACAGGAUGGCACCUCGUUACAUCAUCGCGAUGUCGGUUAACUGCGGUACUAUAUUUCUCUCCAUGAUCGCGGCCACCGUCAUGCGAAUCAUACUCGUCCGGCUGAAUAGGAAACUCGACCAGGGCAUUUAUGUCAAGGGAGCCAUCAACGCACUUCCGGGAGCGGCGGCACAGCAUGGGUUUAGGUUUAAGGUCUAA